UGUAAAAAAAUAUAUAUAAAAUAAUGGAAAACGAGGAUAAUUUAGAUAUUGAUAUUGAAGAACUAAUCACAAAACCUGAUUUGUUAGAAGAAAUUAAUAUGGAAAUAGAAGAUUCAAAUUCUAUGCGCGAAAAAGAGACAGAUAGUUCAUUCCUAAAAAGUAUGACUGGAGAAGUCAAUGCACACAGAGUUCUUGGUCCCAAUGGUAGAAGUCUUCGUUUAACAGGGCAUGUUGGGUUUGAUAGUUUACCAGAUCAACUUGUUAAUAAAUCUGUUAAUUCUGGAUUUGCAUUUAACAUAUUAUGUAUAGGUGAAACUGGCAUAGGAAAAUCUACACUUAUGGAUUCUUUAUUCAAACGAACAUUUGAUGGGAUUCCACAUGAACAUAGUAUGCCUAAAGUAGAAAUACAGCAUGUAACAUACGAUUUAAAAGAGAGUAAUGUUACUUUAAAGUUAACAAUAGUUGAAACUGUUGGAUUCGGAGAUCAGAUUAACAAAGAAGACAGCACAAAUGCUAUUCUUCAGUAUAUUGAUGCUAACUAUGAAGCAUACCUACAAGAAGAAAUGAAAAUUAAGCGCUCUUUAAGUACUUACCAUGACACAAGAGUACAUGCAUGUCUUUAUUUCAUUGCUCCUACAGGGCAUUCAUUAAAGUCUUUGGACUUGGUUUGUAUGAAGAAGCUCGAUAAAAAGGUUAAUAUUAUUCCAAUCAUUGCAAAAGCUGAUACAGUUUCAAAGAAUGAGCUGGCAACUUUUAAAGAACAGAUAAUGGCUGAAUUAGAAAAUAAUGGUGUAGAGAUAUAUAAGUUUCCAACUGAUGAUGAAACAGUUUCAGAAAUCAACAAUCAAAUGAAUGAGUUGCUUCCUUUUGCUGUUGUUGGUAGUCGUGAUGAAGUUAUUAUUAAUGGAGAAAAAUUUAGAGCUCGACAAUAUCCUUGGGGAACAGUUUUAGUUGAAAACGAAAAUCAUUGUGAUUUCGUCAAACUUCGGGAAAUGCUUCUUCGAACAAAUAUGCAAGACCUUAUUGAAAAAACUCACCAAAGGCAUUAUGAGCUUUACAGAAAAGAAAAAAUGGAACAAAAAGGAUUUAAAGAUGGAGAGGAUAGUAUUCAAGAAACCUAUCAGAAUAAACGUGAGCAGUAUCUACUUAAUUUGCAAAAGAAAGAAGAAACUAUUAGACAAACAUUUGUGCAGAAAGUUAAAGACAAAGAAAAUGAAUUAAAAAAAGCUGAACAAGAGUUACAAGCAAAGUUUGAGGAAAUGAAAAAAAAACAGUCGGAGGAAAAAAAGAAUGUUGAAUCAAUUAGAAAAGCGCUGGAUGACGAUCAAGCAGCAUUUGACAAAAUGAAGCAAGAUUUGGCUCUCCAUCAAACUGAGGCUGCAAAAUUAAAAAAGCCGAAAAAAUAAGUCUUAUAAUAUAAAAUAUUUAUAAUGUAAA